AGACUGGACCAGAGCAAGGGCAAUGCAGAACCCCACAGCUUGGCUGUGCACCGCAUGGACAUCUGUGCCUUGGAGCAUCUGCAGACCCCAUCGCCCUCCCUUAAGGGUGGCCUGGGCUUCCGGAAACAUCCAGAGGCAGGGGAGGUCUGAAGGAGCCAGAUAUCAGAGAUGCUGACUGAGCACCUGAGAGGGCAAAAGCUCAGAUGGAAGACAGGUAGCGGCCUCCAAGGAGGGAGCAGGUGGCUCGCCCUGGGACCUCUGAGAAUUAUUUCACUGUGCAGGUAACAUAUGGUGCACUGGUUCUGUGCUGGUGGAACUCUAGGCCCUGGGGAUAUAUGGUGGACGAGGCUCCUGUGUUUGUGGCACUUAGCCCUAGGUACAUGGGGAGGGGUCUGAGUGGGAGAGGAGGCUGGUGGGGGGAUUUGUUAACCAGCCAGAGAGGAGGUGCAGGUUCCUAGGAUGUGGAAAUGCCUUUCCACACAGUCCCACUUGUUAGACAAGAACAGGGGCUCACUCAGGUGACCCUAAAAUAAGGGCUGGCUGACAGACCUGAGGGCCUGGCUGCUCCCCUGGUCUCUUGUGGGAAUUCUGCUUCUCUGUUUCUGCUCUCUUCCCUUUUGCUACCCAUCUGUUUGCGUGACACCUCUCUACACAUCCUUUUCCUUCAGCCCCACCCCACCUCCCUCAGUCUCGAAGCGUUUCCAACUUCACACUCCAGACAGUCUUGGGCACGUGUCAUGCUAGGCUGUGAGGCAGAGGGCACUGGGUGGCUGUGGGCCCUGGGUGGUGGGCACCAUGGUUGGCAUCUCUGGAACACUCACUCUCCCCAAUUUUGCCCUUUGGGACCAAACAGCGCACUGACACCUCACGUCCUGGAGUACGGGUCAGAGCGGCACCCGCCUCCUGGAGAAAGCUGGGCUUCCUUCCUUCUGACGCACAGGAGGGGCCAGUGAGAUGAGCAGCCCCGUGAAGACAGCUGCGCAGACAGAGAGCAACCCAACAGCAAAGCAGGAGAGGACCGAGAGGAGGCCCCUGGCACCGUCGCUGCACCCUAGGCCACCCGCCAUGGCGCUGGGCUUGGAGCAGGCAGAGGAGCAGCGCCUGUACCAGCAGACGCUCCUGCAGGACGGGCUCAAGGACAUGCUGGACCACGGCAAGUUCCUCGACUGUGUGGUGCGGGUAGGUGAGCGCGAGUUCCCGUGCCACCGCCUGGUGCUGGCCGCCUGCAGCCCCUACUUCCGGGCGCGCUUCCUGGCCGAGCCAGAGCGCGCAGGCGAGCUGCGCCUGGAGGAGGUGUCCCCGGACGUGGUGGCCCAGGUGCUGCACUACCUGUACACGUCGGAGAUCGCGCUGGACGAGGCGAGCGUGCAGGAUCUGUUCGCCGCGGCGCACCGCUUCCAGAUCCCGUCUAUCUUCACCAUCUGCGUGUCCUUCCUGCAGAAGCGCCUGUGUCUCUCCAACUGCCUGGCUGUCUUCCGCCUUGGCCUUCUGCUCGACUGCGCGCGCCUAGCGGUGGCCGCCCGUGACUUCAUCUGCGCGCGCUUCUCGCUCGUGGCGCGCGACGCCGACUUCCUCGGGCUCUCGGCCGACGAGCUCAUCGCCAUCAUCUCCAGCGACGGUCUCAACGUGGAGAAGGAAGAGGCCGUGUUCGAGGCGGUGAUGCGGUGGGCGAGCAGCGGCGACGCGGAGGCGCAGGCCGAGCGCCAGCGCGCACUGCCCACCGUCUUCGAGAGCGUGCGCUUCCGUCUGCUGCCGCGUGCCUUCCUGGAGAGCCGCGUGGAGCGCCACCCUCUCGUGCGCGCCCAGCCCGAGCUGCUGCGCAAGGUGCAGAUGGUGAAGGACGCACACGAGGGCCGCCUCACCGUGCUGCGCAAGAAGAAGAAGAAGGGAAAGGAGGCAGCCGGGGCCAAGGCGGCUGACAAGGGCACAGCUGAUGCCAAGGCAGAGGAAGACGAGGAGGAGGCCGAGCGUGUGCUACCAGGGAUCCUCAAUGACACUCUGCGCUUUGGCAUGUUCCUGCAGGACCUCAUCUUCAUGAUCAGUGAGGAGGGGGCCGUGGCCUAUGAUCCGGCAGCCAACGAGUGCUACUGUGCUUCCCUCUCCACACAGAUCCCUAAGAACCACGUCAGCCUGGUGACUAAGGAAAACCAGGUCUUCGUGGCAGGGGGCCUCUUCUACAACGAGGACAACAAAGAGGACCCCAUGAGUGCUUACUUCUUGCAGUUUGACCACCUGGACUCGGAGUGGCUGGGGAUGCCACCGCUGCCCUCGCCGCGCUGCCUCUUCGGCCUGGGCGAGGCUCUCAACGCCAUCUACGUGGUCGGCGGCCGAGAGCUCAAGGACGGCGAGAGCAGCCUAGACUCGGUCCUCUGCUACGACCGGCAGUCGUUCAAAUGGGGCGAAUCUGACCCGCUGCCUUAUGCCGUGUAUGGCCACGCGGUCCUCUCCCAUAUGGAUCUUGUCUACGUCAUUGGAGGCAAAGGCAGCGACAGGAAGUGCCUGAAUAAGAUGUGCGUUUAUGACCCUAAGAAGUUCGAGUGGAAGGAGCUGGCACCCAUGCAGACUGCCCGCUCUCUCUUUGGGGCCACCAUCCAUGACGGUCGCAUUUUUGUCGCUGCUGGGGUCACAGACACAGGGUUGACCAGUUCAGCCGAAGUGUACAGCAUUGCAGACAACAAGUGGGCACCCUUUGAGGCCUUCCCCCAGGAGCGCAGCUCGCUCAGCCUGGUCAGCCUGGCAGGCACCCUCUAUGCCAUCGGCGGCUUUGCCACACUGGAGACUGAGUCUGGGGAGCUGGUUCCCACGGAGCUCAAUGACAUCUGGAGAUAUAAUGAGGAUGAGAAGAAGUGGGAGGGCGUCCUGCGGGAGAUUGCCUACGCCGCUGGUGCCACCUUCCUACCUGUGCGGCUCAACGUGCUGCGCCUGACCAAGAUGUGACCAGCCCUGGGAGCAUGAACUAAGCACCUCUCCCAUCCUGCAGCCCACACAGGCCUGGGCUUCUGGGGGCUCCAGGGAGGAGGCUGGGUGAGGCCAGAGCCCACCUGGAUCCUGACUGGUACCCAAGGGGCUGCUUCAGCCAGGAAAAGAAAAGAACUGCCCAGUCCUAGCCUUUUGGGCAGAGAUGAGAAACUUUAGGCCUCUCUGGUGUCUCCAGAUCCCCUGGUCUUCUUGGUUCACGAGCCAGAACCACAGUAAGGUGUCCCAGGCCAUGUUCUGGUCCAGCCGCAAGCUGGCUGUGUGUGCCAGUAAAGUUCCCACAGGACUCAGUCUCCUCGCCUGUCGGAUGGGGAGUGUCCCCAUCAAGAACACCCUGCAGCAUGGAUAAGUCUCCUUCUGUAAGAAGAAUAAAAUGCCUUCGGAGCAA